GGCCCGCCCCCGAGGCCGCAGGUCCCUUUGUGGGGUUUGACAAUAAGAUGGCGGGCGGGGGGAGGCGGGGCCAGGUGGCCCCGCCCGUCCCUCAGGCGCGGAGCGGGCGGUGAGGCGGGAGCGGAGUGGGGGCUCCUGCGCGAGCGGCGGCGACAGCAGCGGCGAGGCGGUGAAGCUUUGGUUUCUUCCCACGGUUCUUAGAAAAGCCAGUGUUGGAGUGGAGAGGAUUAGAGUGGUAGAGGGGAGAUACAGCCCCUUCUUGUCUUCCCUUGCUAACCAUCAUCACUGUACUUAAAGCUGUACAGAAGGCAGACUGUGCUUCACUGAACCUCCAGCACUGGCCUAGGUGGUGCUCUCACUUUUGCUGUAUGGACUCUUGCUCAGUAGCAUGGGAGAAGAGGAAGGACUACAUCAAACACAGUUACUGAGGUUAAGCAUGCCAGUAGAAACUCUGGAGGAGCGAGGAGACACUGCCUCUCCAGUAAGUGAAAUACAGCCAUUGAGAUGUUUGCUUCUGUGCGAAGCAGCGGCUCCUGACUUCCAUCAAGUGUGGAGCUUCAUGGGAGCCAGGAGCUGGGAGCCCCUGCCUCUCUCCAGCCAUGCCUUGUGGACCUGCUCACCCCUGGUUCCUGAAUGCCGUCUUUGGGACCCAGUCCAUAUGUUCCUGACCCAUGUUGUCCCACACUCUUUCUAUAACCUGGACACAAUGUUUGUUCGAGGAUUAAAGAGAAAAUGUUUUGAUGGUGAAGAAGAUAUUGAAGGGACCCUGGCUGGUAUUAAGGCUAUUCCUUCCUAUAAUCUUCAGAGGCAGUCGCUUUUAGAUAUGUCCUUGGUUAAACUUCAGCUGUGUCACAUGCUGGUUGAACCCAACCUCUGUCGUUCGGUACUUAUAGCCAACACGGUACGUCAGAUCCAAGAGGAAAUGACUCAGGAUGGGACUUGGCAGAUGAUAAAUACACAGAGUACAGGGCAGACAUCCCUGGAUCGUCUUGUUUCAACAGAUAUCCUCUGCCGUUCAUCUAGGGAACAAGCUGAGGGAAAGCAUGUUCCAGGCUAUGGGACUUUGAGUAAAGACUUUGAGGGUGAUGAGAGACAAGAUAGUUCAGAAACUAUGACAACAGCCUCUUCAGUGCAAGCUCCGAGAAACCUGCAGAGCAACGUGUGGGAAAUGGAGAAUCCACAAGAAAAUAAAGGAAACUUUCAGAAAUCUUUAGAUCAAAUAUUUGAGACACUGGAGAAUAAAAGUCCUAAUUCGGUUGAAGAUCUGUUUUCAGAAGUUGACAAUUCUUACUAUGAUCUCGAUACUAUGUUAACAGGCAUGAUGAGCAACACAAAAAUGGGACAUUGUGAUGGGCUUGAAACAUUUUCUUCUCCAACAAAUACAGCUUCUAACUCUAAUUGUAAAUCUGAUCUUAAUGAGCUUGAUCAUAUUGUGGAAAUCCUUGUUGAAUCCUGAAACUCCUCGUGUAGGAGGUAAAGAUCUGUUAAUGCAAAGAAAAGACUUGAGAGUUUAAUGUUAAUGGGAAGAAAAGACUCCAUAGUUUGUUCUAUCAAAUCUGCACGAGUAUUUUACAAAUAUCUAUAUAUUAUAUAGAUAUAUAUAUUAAGAAGCACUUCAUAUUGCAAAAUAGUGUUAACUCUUAAAGUUAACCUGCAACUUGUAGUGUAAUAAUCUGAUUUAUCAUCCACUGAACUGUAAGUACAUACGGUAAAUGUUUCUAAGUUUGGGGUGCAAGGCUCUUGAAAUUGGGUUCCUUUUACCAGUUUGUUUUAGCCUUUGAUGGAGGAUAAGCUCAGUGAGAGGAACUCUGUCAUCUUCUUAUACUUCUCCCCAUAAAAAUGAUAAUAAACCGAGAGAGAAGUUGGAUAACUGGUUUCCUAUUUUCCUCCGGUUUCCACUUUGUGGUGUGUUACACCACAAAACUCCUACCAUAUCUGCUGCUUCUGUUCUAAGUCUCUACAUGGCUCUUAAAGAGCAGUAUGCAAUAGUUCCUGUUACCCUUGCUAGCUUCUUCUGGGUUUUGCUACAAUUUUCAAUUUUUACUUCACAAAUAGUUUUAAAGUGUUUACUGGUGUUUAGAUCUUUCCAGGUAUUUUCCUAAAAUAUAUUUUUACUACAGAUGUUAUGUCAGCUGCUAACUUAGUAACUUUUGAUCAUAUCUGCAGUUGAUGUAUUUUUUGCAAGAUUUUUAAAAAGGGAUGUUUUUUUUACCAUGAACUACCUAAUGUAGUUCAGUAAAGUGUAUGUAAAUGUAAAUAUACAAUUUUAUACUUUACAUUAAAAUGUAAGAGCUGUUUUCAUUAUUCUGUUUUAUAGAGUAGUACUUUACUAAAUUGAGAAUUGUACAUUUAUGCUUUUCAUACCCCGCAUACUUGAGUAUCAUUAUAGGAAGAGCUUUGAUCCAGCUAGAUACAAUUACAUUUAAUUCAUUUCAGACCAUACUUUUUGUUAACUACAAACCUAAAUUACGUAGGUUUUUAUUUAUGUGUAUUUAUAUGUAAAUGUCAUCAAGUGAAUUGUUUAUCACUGAAGUCUACCAUCAAGUAUUUGUUUAUAUGGGAUAACUAUCUUGCACUAAUUACUACAAAAAGUGUUAUUAGCGGCCUUUAAAUCUCACUGGUAUGUCAUGAUGUCUUGUCAUAAUUAAUAUGCUCCACUCUUACCAAGGGUUUCCUCUUGGCUUUUUUUUAUAAUAACAAAAGAUAAUACAA